AUGCCGGCGGCAUCGUCUCAGCCGCCGGUGGUCAAGCUAUCGCUUCCACUACAAUUCCAGCAGGAAAUAUACCGUUUGCUGCGCGCCGAAGAUGUUCUCGUCAUUCUUGCGCGAGGUCUUGGACUUCUCAAGAUCGUCACGAACCUGCUCCACUCAUAUGACGCCGUAGGCAAUUCCCUGGUGAUCAUUGUAGGGGCCGAAGACCGGGAAAACGAAUGGAUCGGCGAGGCUCUGGCAGAGCACUAUGCCAUGUCGAGGAGUCCCCUGGCCAAAGGGCUCAGAGUCAUCAAUACCGACAAGGCGACCGUGGCGGCACGCGAAAAGAUUUACUCCGAAGGCGGCAUCGUCUCGGUGACCAGUCGAAUCCUGGUGGUGGAUUUACUCUCGAAACUCUUAGACCCGGAGACCGUGACUGGGUUAGUUGUUCUCCAUGCCGAACGCGUGGUUGCCACGAGCAUCGAGGCUUUUAUUGUCCGCAUCUUUCGAGAACACAACAAAAUCGGCUUUCUCAAAGCCUUCAGUGACGCGCCCGAGCCUCUAGCUUCGUCCUAUGCACCGCUCGCCAGCUUGAUGAGAACACUGUUCCUACGCAAGCCGUCACUUUGGCCCCGAUUCCAUGUCUCGGUUGCACAGAGCUUGGAGAGCAAGAAACGGGCCGAUGUCAUUGAACUGGAAGUGCCCAUGACCCAAGCCAUGCAAGCCAUCCAGAAUGCUGUUCUAGAGUGUGUCGAGGUCAGCAUCUCUGAACUCAAAAAGGCAAACGCCGGGCUGGAGAUGGACGACUGGACCCUUGACUCGGCCUUGCACCAGAAUUUUGAUGCUAUUGUCCGGCGGCAGCUCGAUCCCGUCUGGCACCGAGUCAGUUGGCGAACCAAACAGAUAGCCAACGAUCUGACUGUCCUUCGGUCCAUCCUGCAUUCUCUGCUAAGCUACGACUGUGUCUCGUUGCUGAAAUACCUCGACACGGUGCUUGCCAGUCAUUCGCCGCCGCCGGGAUCGACGCGGCAGAACCAGUCGCCAUGGUUGUUCCUGGAUGCCGCGGCCACGAUAUUUCGAUCCGCCCGGGAUAGAGUGUAUAAAGGGAAAAUGGACGAUGGUGGCAACAAUGUCUUGCCGACGUCCAAACUACCGGAUUCUCUAGCGCCUGUACUGGAAGAACAGCCCAAGUGGGCAGUGCUGGCCGAGAUCCUGCAGGAAAUCGAGACGGACGCCUAUCUAAACCCCCAACUCAGAGACGACUCCAACCAGACUGUUUUGGUCAUGUGCAACGAUCAGAGGACGUGCCGACAGAUCAAGGAAUAUCUACAGACGAUGCACGUCAAACCCUUGCCGCAAGACAUGAACGACGGCCAAGCUCCCCACGAAGUGGAAGAGGAGGAACAGAAGGGAUCGGCUGAGUUUAUGAUGCGACGCAAGCUGCGCGAGUACCUUGGCUGGCGCAAGACGUUUGCCCAGGUCAGCGCUUCGUUGUUCGAGGAGAACCAGAAGUCCCUGAAUGACAUCAAAGGCGGUGCCGGCACGGCAGCAAGUCGACUCAACAGUAAAGCACCGGCCAACAAACGGCGACGGGUUCGAGGCGGAGGAAGCAGCGGCUUCAAUCCCACGCGGACCAUCAAUGGCGCCGUAGCUGCUGUGGAAGACAAAGAUGCCCAGGUGGCAGGACUCCUAGCGGAGCUGCGUCCCACAGAAUCCGAAGCAUUGCAGAAGGACGAUGUGAUUGUCGACGACCUCCGAGAUGCCGGCGAGGACAUGUUUGAACUAUACGACCCAUCCGACCAGGUAGUGGUGCACCCUUAUGACGGCGACCAGGACGACCAGCUCCUGGAAGAACUGCGACCAAAGUAUAUCAUCAUGUACUCUCCCUCAGCCGACUUCAUCCGCCGCGUCGAAGUAUACCGAUCCAGCCAUUCAGACCGCAACGUGCGCGCCUACUUCAUGUACUACGGAGGCAGUGUGGAAGAGCAGCGAUACCUCUCGGCAGUACGGCGCGAAAAGGACGCCUUCACCAAACUGAUCAAAGAACGGGGCAGCAUGGCCGUGACCUUGACAGAUAGUACAGUUGACCCUCAAGAAGCGUUCUUACGCACCGUCAACACCCGCAUCGCCGGCGGCGGCCGACUCGCAGCCACAGCGGCGCCUCCGACCGUGGUGGUCGACGUGCGCGAGUUCCGCUCCGCGCUUCCCAGUCUCCUGCACGGCCGCAGCAUGCAAAUCGUCCCCUGCCAACUGACCGUAGGCGACUACGUUCUCUCUCCCCAAAUUUGCGUCGAACGUAAAUCCGUGCGCGAUCUGAUCGCCUCGUUCAAAAACGGCAGAUUGUUCAACCAGGCCGAAACCAUGCUGCAAUACUACAAGUAUUCGUUCUUAUUGAUCGAAUUCGACCACAACAAGUCGUUUACCCUCGACCCGUUCGCCGAUUUGACGUCGGUAUCGACCUUGAAAAUGGGACCCGAUGCCGAAACAAAGGAUCUGCAAUCCAAAUUGGUCCUACUUACUCUGGCGUUCCCCCGUCUCAAGGUCAUCUGGUCAUCUUCGCCGUACCAGACCGCCGAGAUCUUUGAAGAGCUGAAAAAGCAGCAGGAGGAACCUGAUCCGCUGAAAGCCGUUCAAAUUGGCCUCGUUGAUGACGAAGACCCAGAUGACAAAACUUUCAAUACUGUACCCCAGGAUCUCCUUAGGACCAUCCCUGGCGUCACGCCCAAGAAUGCUAGCCGUUUGUACCUCGAGACCAAAAAUGUCGCACAGGUCGCAAACAUGAGUCUCGAGGAGUUGGAUCCCCUUGUUGGAAAAGAGGCCGGUCGCCAAAUCGUCCGCUUCUUCACAAAGAGUGUUUUUGACGAUGAAGAUUAG